CUCACCGAAGACUUUUCUUUGAGUGGGAUUCAUUUCUCCAGCUGGAUUCUCAGAGAAGCUUUUACUCAUUUUUUUUAUUGCAUAAGAGUUUGUCCUUGUUUGUUUACUUAUUUUGCUCAGCCAAGUUCUCCCAAGUUCAUUGGAAUGACACAUAUAUACUCUAUCUCAAGAGCAGACACAACGGAGGAGGGAGCUGUACGUGAGUGCUGCUUUAGAAUAUUCAUGCUGUCCUGCAUUACUUGUCUAUCAGGUCCUGAUGACGACCUCAUGAAUCUUGGCCAAAUGAGCAGCAUGAUCCUGGGUUCCCACUGAUGAAGAAUCUGCAGUAGGCAAAGUUCCUCAAACACCAUCGACAGAAAACCCCCGAACAACACUUUGUGGCUUCCUAAGUAGUGGCAGAGGCUCACAGGCUGGGGCUCCAGGGGAGUUGGAGCUGGGGACACAGCAGGAUUUGUUACUCUGAUAGGAAUCAGGGUGGCCACAGCCGUGGCUCAGAUCAAGUGUCCAGGGCCCGAGGCCUGGGGUGUCUCUCAGCUCUGGCCCCUGUCUCCUCGGGAACUAGCAUAACUCAGGUGCCUUGGCUUGCAGGCCAGCGCGCCAGGGAGAACAGUGGCAAGAGCGCUGACUGCGUAUCACUGCUGCUGGGUGAGGUGAGAACACAGAGGUGAAAUCCACAGAGGGAUGGUGGGCUCCCAAGAGACCCCGCUUGCUGGAGGGUGCUCCUGUUGGUGUGGGUAACUGUCCCUGGCAGGAGAGAUGGACAGAACCAAUGACAGCAGCCUUGGGGACUUCAUCCUGGUGGGCUUCUCCCACCACCCCCUUCUGGAGAGGGUCCUGUUUGCGGUCAUCCUGAUCGCCUAUGUGCUGACCCUGGUGGGCAACAGCGCCAUCAUCCUGGUGUCCCGGCUGGACCCGCACCUGCGCACCCCCAUGUACUUCUUCCUCACCCACCUGUCCUUCCUGGACCUGAGCUUCACCAGCAGUUCCAUCCCCCAGCUGCUCUACAACCUGAGUGGGCAGGACAAGACCAUCAGCUACGCGGGCUGCUCCGUGCAGCUCUUCCUGUUCCUGGCGCUGGGGGGCGUGGAGUGCCUGCUCCUGGCCGUCAUGGCCUACGACCGCUUCGUGGCCAUCUGCAGGCCCCUGCACUACUUGGCGAUGAUGAGUCCCAGGCUCUGCCUGGGGCUGGUGUCCAUGGCCUGGGGCUGUGGGGUGGCCAACUCCCUGGCCAUGUCUCCAGUGACCCUGAGCCUGCCACGCUGCGGGCACCGGCAUGUGGACCACUACCUGUGUGAGAUGCCGGCCCUCAUCCGCAUGGCCUGUGUGGACACGGCAGCCGUGGAAGGCAGCGUCUUUGUCCUGGCGGUGGGCAUCGUGCUGUGCCCCCUGGCGUUCAUCCUGGUCUCCUAUGGCUACAUCCUGAGGGCAGUGUUAAGGAUGCACUCCUCCUCGGGAAGGCACAAAGUCUUCAACACCUGCGGCUCGCACCUGACAGUGGUGUCGCUGUUCUACGGGAACAUCGUCUACAUGUACAUGCAGCCAGGCCGUGGCAGCUCCCAGGAGCAGGGCAAGGUGCUCACCCUCUUCUACAACAUCGUCACGCCCCUGCUCAACCCCCUCAUCUACACCCUCAGGAACAAGGAGGUGAAGGGGGCGCUGAGCAGGCUGGUUUUGGCAAAACUAAGCUUCAGGAAGAAGUUGUAAUAAGAGGCACAGAGAUGAAGUGCUGUGUACAGAACAUGGGAGCUUUCAUUCUUUUACCGUGAUUUCCAUCAACAGCAUCUGUGCGACUUUGGCAGAGUUCAACAGAGACAUGUGGCCACUCUCAGCUUUCUUCUGCAUGAAUCACUCUGGGCCAUGUGAAU